AGGGAGCUUUGUUUAGUUGCUCUCUUCUCUUGCCUCCUGCUGCUACUGUUUCCCUUGUGAACCCAACACAGUUUCUAGUUCGCUCUGUACAUGCUUUCUCUUCUACUGGCUUCUCCUGCAACCUCCAUUUCUUUAUUAGUAGUUACUAGUUUAAAUAGAACAAGUGAAGCUAAUCCCUCAUUCUAUUUACGUAGUACAUGGCUUUUCUGAGCAAAAAUUGCAUGCAACAAGCUUCUUCCUUCUUGCGUUUCUUGGUUUUCUUGCUUCUUUGCCCUUGCUUUGCUCUUUCUUACGAUGGGCCUUCAUAUGACUACACUGCAUACACCGAGUGUAAAGAAGUACCAGAAAGGCCACUCUAUAAUGGAGGGAUUCUCCAAAAUGAACUUCCAGCUUUCAAGCUAAGUAGGAUUAACGAUGCUUCAAUUACAUAUAAAUCACCAGCUUUUGUCCUGCCUAAUCUCACUCAGGACACCAUUUAUUGUUUUUCCACCUGGGUCAAAAUUCAAGGUGCGGAGUCCAGCCUCGUAACUGCGAGCCUAACCACAGAUAACGCUACAUACAACUGUGUGGGGACUGUUUUGGCUCAAAGUGGAUGCUGGUCAUUUCUUAAAGGUGGAUUUAUUCUUGAUGCACCUUCAAAUUUAUCAACGCUGUACUUUCAGAACUCAGCUCAUAAAAAUAUUGACAUUGCAAUUGCAAGUGCUUCAUUGCAACCAUUUACCUAUCAGCAAUGGAGAACAAAUCAGCAAUAUAUAAUUAACACUGCAAGGAAGCGAGCUGUAACAAUUCAUGUGUCAGAUAGUCAUGGAAAUAGAUUGCAAGAGGCAGCCAUUACAAUAGAGCAAAUCUCAAAAGAUUUCCCCCUUGGGUCAGCUAUAGCAAGUACAAUUCUAGGAAAUUUGCCCUAUCAGGAUUGGUUUGUGGAGCGAUUCAAUGCAGCAGUCUUCGAAAAUGAACUCAAGUGGUACGCGACAGAACCUGAACAAGGGGAAGUCGAUUACAGCAUACCAGACCAAAUGUUACAACUUAUUCGAGCCAACCAAAUAGUUGCCAGAGGACACAACAUAUUCUGGGAAGAUCCAACGUACACACCAGCAUGGGUUCGAAAUCUUUCAGGUGCUGCACUAAAAUCAGCUGUCAAUUCACGAAUCCAGAGCCUAAUGAGCAAAUACAAAGAAGAGUUCAUACACUGGGACGUUAGCAAUGAAAUGCUACACUUUGAUUUCUACGAGCAACGGCUUGGUCCUGAUGCCACUUUAUAUUUUUAUGAGACAGCACAUAUAGCAGACCCAUCAGCAACCUUGUUUAUGAAUGAAUUCAAUGUGGUGGAAACUUGCAGCGACGUGAAUUCUACUGUAGACACUUAUAUAUCAAGGCUAAGAGAUCUUGAACGUGGAGGUAUAUUCAUGGAUGGAAUUGGCCUAGAGAGUCACUUUUCAGUACCAAAUCUUCCUCUAAUGAGGGGUGUUCUUGACAAACUGGCUACACUUGGACUUCCCAUUUGGCUUACAGAAGUUGAUAUUAGCAGCAACUUCGAUUACAAAACUCAGGCUUUUUAUCUAGAACAAGUGUUGAGGGAAGGCUACUCGCAUCCUGCCGUGAAUGGGAUUAUCCUAUGGACUGCACUACAUCCUGACGGAUGUUACCAAAUGUGUCUUACCGAUAAUAAUCUUCAAAAUCUACCAGCAGGAGAUGUGGUUGACAAGCUAUUACUGGAAUGGAAAACUGGGGAGUUAAAUGGCUAUACGGACGAGCAUGGUUCAUACAGCCUUCAUGGCUAUCUUGGUGAAUAUAGAGUAAGUGUUGCAUAUGGCAACAGAGCAGCAAAUUCAACAUUCUCACUCUGUCCAAGUGACGAAACUAAGCACUUCAACAUUCAAUUGUAACCCAUGUAUGGCUGUCAGCUCUCCCCUGCACAUGUAUAUCUAAUUAUCCAAAAGACAUAAAGCCCAACCCAAAUGGUAGUU